CAGGGCCGUGACCGUGACAAAUAACUAGAUAAAUAUUAAAUAAUAAUGUAAACAUUGAAUAGUAAACCCCCAGUUGCCAGUUGGCGUUUGACAGUUGAGUUGUCAGUUAGGAGUUAAGCGCUAGCCAUUAGAGCAUUGUCCACUAUAAUAUUAUUAUAACUAGGUAUAAGGCAGUAUUGCACUAAGCUCGUGCCUCGUAGUUGGGCGGUUUUCAAUCGUCUUUCCGCGUUCAUCUCUCUCCCCAUCUGUUUAUCGUGUCCCCGACCCCGACUCAGUUGCAAUCCACAAGUCGUCGGUAGUAGGUUUUGUUUAGUCUCAUUGAAAUUCUUCGUCGCUGACGUCAUCUCCAGACGGGAGGUGUGUAAACAACUUAAUAUACUUUAUACAGUAUUCGAUAUUGUGUUGCUAACCGUUCGUUCGUUUUUUCCUCCACUCAUUAUUUCGAUAAACUUAAUCUACUAUGACCAUACAACACGUUCAAUGCUAUGACGAUGAUUCAUUGUUUCGUCACUCAGCUUACGUUUGCUUCGUGUGUGCCUGUUAAAAUUCGCACUCUGUUUAUAUGACAAUAGUGCAAUAUUCCAACGAGAAAAUUAGUUUUUUUUCACAGCUUCAAUACUCUUUAGCAUACGAAAAGAAAAAGCCAUUUACACAAUAUUUUACAUCGAACAAUGGCUUUGGAACCGGAAGAACACUUUAAAACACCCGAAUGGGUUUCGAGGUUGGAGAACAAACACAAAAAAUAUCAUAAAUUAGCUCAUGAAGUUGGAUCUGGUUCAAGUUGUUUAAAAUGUGGAGAUGCUUGUCCUGGCUUGGAUUUACAUUUUUGGCGAAAGGUGUGUAUGAAUUGUAAAUGUAAAAAAGAAGAACAUAAUAUUGUUGAUGAAGAUCAGUAUAAGCAGUUGGAUAUUUUAUUUAACGAUUCAAAAUCAAAUUACCAACCAAUAAAAGCAGUGUUGAAUAUGAUUAUUAAACCUGAUGAUCAAUUUAUCAAAAAACAAGAAACUGAUCAAAAUCAAAAUGAAUUUAAAUUUGAUUGGGUCCCACCUAAUGUUCAUAAAGAUCUAGCUUCAGAAUACAUGCAGUUGUUACCAUCUGACAAAUUACCUAUUAGUGGCACUGAAGGAGCUUAUUACAGACGCAAGCAACUUGAAAAACAAGUUCCUUUACAUGAUUUUAAUGCAAAUGUUUGUCAUGAUCUGACUGUUGAAGAAGCUGAUGCUAUGGGUUCUUAUUUAAAAAAUUUAAAAGAGAAUGCUGUUGGUCAAGGCUUGGUCAAAAAACUGUUUGAUAACACUAAAAAUCCAAUUCCAUUGUUUAAAAAUAUGAAUCUUACACCAAAACCAUUUAAAAAAAGUUAUAACCAACCGCUCGAAGAAGAAGAAUUUCCACCGCCUCCCCCGGAACUUUUAUAUCCGUUGUCUAACACUGAAUUAAAGACACCGAGUACAUUUAUUGGGAACAAAAGCUAUUCUGGAAGCAAUAAACCAGAUGUCAAUAUUUUAGACACUGUUAAUAAUAACCCAGCUGAAUGUAACAGGCAAGUGAUUACUUCACAAAGACCAAAUUCAAACAUAACUGUAUCAGAAACUUUACCUCAACAACAGAUGAAUUUCUCCUCAAAUAUUCAGAAUGACAAUUACAAACCUAUGCAUCAUGAUAAAGAUAUUGGCGAAUCAUUAAAAAAUCCACUCUGGGAAGCUCCAAAUGAAUUCACAACAUCUAAUGCUGAUGUAUGUAUUUUAUCUGAUGGCAAAGAGUUGCGUUGUAAGCAAUGUAAUAAGAAUGUAAUACCUGGUCAAGUUGCCGUUAUGGCUGAACGUACUGGUAAAGAAGUAUUUUGGCAUCCAUCGUGUUUUGUUUGUUCUACAUGCGAGGAAUUAUUAGUUGAUCUAGUAUACUUCUAUUAUAAUGGGAAUGUUUAUUGUGGAAGACAUUAUGCUGAAAUCUUAAAUAUACCACGAUGCAAUGCUUGUGAUGAGUUGAUAUUUUUGAAAGAGUAUACGAUUGCUGAAGAACAUACCUACCAUGUUCGACAUUUUUGUUGUUUUGAAUGUGACAAACCAUUAGCUGGAUUAGAAUAUGUGUCGAUUGAAAAACAACCUGUUUGUUUGGAUUGUUAUCAAAAUAAAUAUGGAAAAAAAUGCGAAACCUGUCACAAAAUGAUAGUGGCUGGUGAAAAUAGAAUUGGUUGGCAAGAGUUGAGCUGGCACGAAUCUCCAGCAUGCUUUAAAUGUUAUCAGUGUUACACAUCACUUUUAGGGAAAAAAUUUACUGUUAAAAAGGAAAAGCGACCUUUGUGUAGUAGAGAAUGUGUAAUAGCUUUUAAUAAUUCUACAGAACUUUAAUAUUGUGUUAAAUUAUUUUUUGUAAAUACAAGGAGAUUCAUUAAGUAUUUCUGAUCUUUUGUGGUAGAAUAGUAAUUUCUAAUAUUCUACCACUAAAUAAUCAUUAUGCUUUAUAAAUCAUCUUGUGUAAACAUAAAUAUUAAUACUUCUUAUGACAUUUUUUAUUAAAUUAAGAAGACA